CGGAAAAGUGAAGAAGAAGAAGAGCGAGUGAGAAAGUUUUUUAAUUGCAAAGUGCACGUGUUUUUCCCACUUUCCACGGCGACUCUUUCCCGCUCUGCAUGGGCGUCUCUUCCCUCUGAGUGGACACAGUCACGGGGGCCACCAUGGUGCAGGCGCUGGACGACUGCGAUGUGGGCCAGGAUCUGCCGCAGGCCAUGCAGCUGCUGGGCGAGAUGAACAAUCACGUGAAGCAAGUGUCUGACCUGGUCGAGAACAUGCUGCAGAAGGUGAAGAGCGGCGAGAUGUCGACGGAGUACGGGCUGAGCUUCCUCGAGAUAAAGUACCACAUGCUGCUCACAUACUUGAUCAAUCUCACUUACGUGGUUCUCCGCAAGUGUUCAGGACAAACAAUCGAGAAUGAUCCCUCAAUUGACCGCCUUAUCGAGAUACGGACGGUGCUGGAGAAGAUCCGUCCGAUUGACCACAAGCUGCGGUAUCAGAUAGACAAGCUGGUGAAGACGGCGCAGAACACGCCGGCGUCGGGCACGCUGAGGGCGAAUCUGGGCCUGGCGGCGACGCCGCUGCCCGAGGAGAGCGCCCAGACGCACGAGUCGGAGGACAGCGACGACGAGGCGGAGGAGGAGUCGAAUCGAAAGCGCCCAACGAAGGCCGGCUCGAGUGCGGGCUUGUAUGUGCCGCCGAAGCACAUGCCAAUGUACUAUGAGGAGGACGAGAGCAAGGCUGAGCGCAGCAGGAAGCAGCUGGAGCGCGCCAAGAAGCGCUCCAUUGGCAUGUCCAUCAUUGAGGACCUGAAGGAGGAGUAUCUGGACACGCCGGUGGAGAUUUCGGGCACGUCGAAGGCGCAGCAGAUGUUCUCGCGGGCGCAGAAGGAGAAGGAGGAGUUCGAGGAAACAUAUCUCACGCGUUUGCCGGUGACCAAGGCGGAGAAGCAUCGCCAGAGGAGACUCACGACGCUCGGCACUUUGGGUGAUGAAUUGACCAGAUUUGGCGAUGCUGACGGCGCUGGAUCGUCCAAGAAGUCCGGGAAGCGCAAGCGAAGAGGCGCACCGAAGAAGAAAGGUGGCAAAAAGAGGAAGAUUAAGUAAAGAGAGGCUUCCGAACUUUGAGAAUUGCUUCCAUGAUUUUCUAUAACCAAACCAACACACAUUUCCUUUUUAUGGUGUUUUCUUUUUUUUAGUAUAAGAAGAAGUGUUGAGAUUAUGUUUAUGUUUUGCCUUAUGGAUAAUUUUUCUUUAUUUUUAAUUUAGGAUUAAAGUUUUGUUAAGAUAUUUUCUUUAAGACAUUGGUUUUCUUUUGCAUUUUGUUAGAUUUCUCUGUUGUGUUUCGCAUUUGUUAUCAAAAGGAUUGCUUUUGUUUUAACGUGUAGAAUUGAAUGUGGUUUAAAUCGCCUUCACAACCAUACUUAAGUGGAAGAUUAUGACGAGGGGGGAGAAGAAGUUAUUGAGAUAGUGUAUAAAAAUAGCAGACAAUGCGUGAGCCUUUAAAAUAUGUGUUGGUUGUCCUCUGAUUUAUCAAACGAGAAUAAGAUUGAAAAGUGGCGCGAUAGAGAAAGAAACAAGCACAAAAAAACGAUAUAGAAGAAAAAGAAACAGUCAAAAAGAAUGGAUAAUUAAGUAAAUAGACUCACAGUUGCCUUCAUACAAUAAAAAAAAGAGAGAAAACAUAAUGAGAAAAACAAUAAAAUAUGCAAAAACAUUGAUUUCCUACUCCCGCCCAAAGUAAACUACAACAAAGAAUGACGCUCAGAUAAGAUUUUGUAUAUAAAUCAAUGUUACAUUUUAUGAAUUUGUUAUAAAAGAAGAUGAUGAAGACUAUGGAGAUAUUCAUAAACAAGAAAUAGCAAAUAAAUGGCACGCCAAUCUUAUUCCAGCGCAAAGGAGGACAACUUCAUAAACUUUUCCUAUACAGUUAAUAUAACGUCCAAUAGUUGAAAGAGAACCGCAUUUGAGAAUAGUGAAAAACUUGUUUAUCAUUUCACUUUACCCAAGAAUUGAAACUCGCUAGAGAAUGCUCAAAACUCCAUCUUUUCGCACACAUUCGUUCGCAUUCAAUUACAAAAAAAGAAGCUCUUUUGGAAAGAUUUUUUCGGAUUCAAAAAUCGAGAUGUGUAAAAUUGUGUAAAAAAAAAUGUCGGAAAUUUACGAGAUAUUUUGAAAAUUUAAGGACUUUAAGGAAUUUUGGCUAAGAAAUUGAAGAAAAAAAAGAUGAUAAAAUUACCAUAAAAUAUUCCAAUGAUUGUGUGUCUGUAGAUUUGGAAAGGAGAGAGAAAGAGAGAGAGAGAGAGAAAGAAAGAAGAAUUAUUAAAUAAGAAUCUAAACACUUAGUAAUCAACAGAGAUGUCCAAGUUAUAUUGAUAUUCAAUUUACUAGUAAUAUUUAUUCUUACGCAAUUAAAUGAGAAGAAGAAAGAAAAGCAUUAGUUUGUAUGCCAAAAAAAAGGAUAUUUUUAAAAUCACACAUUUGAUGAAUAUAAACUAAUUUUGCUCCAAUCAAUAAAUAAAUCAAACAACCAAGAUUGUUUAGUCGGAAAAAUCUUGGAGAAAAAAAUGAUUAAAUAAACUAAUGAUAAAAAAAAUAUGUUUGAAAAAUAAUAAUCGAAUUGCUUCAGAAGAUUGAUGAUAAAAAGAAGACUUGAACACUUUUUUAUGAUCUCUGAUUUCAUUGGCAAAGGAACAAAUUAUAUUAAAUGAAUUCGGGGAGGGAAAUUGAGGAAGAAAAUAUAUACUCAGAAUUUUGCUCAAGAACUAUGAAAACUCUCGCAUGGAAAUUACAUUUAACAUCUCGCGAGAGAAUUUCGACAAUUUUACAGUCACUGAGAAUUUAUUAAUAAGCUUUCUAAUAUGAUAAAUUCUAAUUUGUUGAAUGAAAUUGAAGAAAAAAACGGUACUAUGAAUAAUACUUGCAACUAUGAUUCCUGGUGAUACACACUGACUUUAUUGAUUAUGAAUAGGAUUCUUGUAGAUUUCUUUUUUUUACUGACAGUGCCAUAGAAAAUGUCUUCGGAAAUUUAUCUCAGUUUGCGCACAUUUUGUUUAACUGCAUUUGUGUUAUUUUUGCGUAUUAACUAAAAUCAAGACUAAAAUGUUUUCUUGUAAACCCAUUUUUCUGUUUUUUUGCACUUCUGUUAACACGAUUGUUUAGGUUGUAUUUUUGAUUUGAUUUUCUUUAAAAUAAAAGAAAAAAAACUAUGGCGCUUUGGAGUGUAAAACGAGAGAAGAAUUAAAGACGCUAAAAAGUGCAUAUUUACACCUUAAAUAUUGCCUUCAAGUUUUACAUGAAUUAAUUGUAAUAAAGAAAAGUGAAGAAGGGAAAGUGAAUACAUUGAAAAUAAAGGAUAAAAAAAAAGAAAAGAAACCCACAAAAAGAUAAGUAAAGCCAGAGGAGGAAAAGGAAACUCAUCAACCAACACAAAUGAAAUAGAAACAGUUACUAUUAAAUAUAAAGGAAAAAAUGGAAGAAUGGAAAACAAAUUAAACUAAUUAUUAGUUAUUGAAAAGCUAAAGGAUAAAAGAAGAACUUUUAAAGAAAUAAAUAGGCAAUUGUAUUGUUUUUGAUCAUAUAUUUAAAACAAUAUUUACAAGAGAAAAUAAUGUGGUGAUAUUAUUAUUAAAUGAGAUGAAAAAUGCUAAAUGAAAUAACUAUUAUUAAUUUUAAGGGUUAUUGUUUCAGACUUUUUCAGAACAACACCAAAAAAAAAAGAAA